UGUUCAGACUGAAAGAUAAAGAGAAAACUCCGUCCUUUUGAACUUUGAAGGAGAAACAAAUUAAAUACAAGGCCAAGACCCAAGUGGGGAGAGAUGAGAAUUCAGAGAUUACAAGGCCCACUAAUACCAGGGAGAGGGCCGAGAGGUGAUCAACUGAUUACGGUCUUACGGAUAGGACAGGGAUCGUGAUUACACGAAACAAACAGACCCAAAUAUUGAAAAUACAGAUUGGACAACGAGACAUUGUUUUGGCGGUUUCAUUGAGAGUUGGUUCUGUUACGUUUACCAGUAUAGUUUCUUGGGGCCGUUUUCUGUAUUUUCACUCUUUUUAUUUCCUCUUUUUAAAUCUCUUCUUCAUCCUGAUCUUGAUUUAUUAUUGAGUUUAUUUUCCGCUGCCAUUGGAAUCUUUUAUUUGUUUAUUUUCGGGGCGAGGGUAUGUGAAGGAGAUGGGAUUUCUGAAUUGCUUGUUGGGAAUUAUUGGUUUCGGGAUCGGUAUUCCAGUUGGGCUUCUUGUGGGAUAUUUUCUGUUCAUUUACUCCGAGCCCGGAGAUGUAAAGGACCCAAUUAUCAGGCCACUACAUGAAUUAGAUUCAAAUGCUUUAUACGAACUCUUACCUGAGAUACCACUAUGGGUGAAAAAUCCUGAUUAUGACCGAGUUGAUUGGUUGAACAAAUUUAUUUUUGACAUGUGGCCAUACCUUGAUAAGGCAAUAUGUGGUAUGAUAAGAAGCAUGGCAGGCAAAAUAUUUGCAGAAUAUAUUGGGAAGUUUCAAAUAAAAUCGAUAGAAUUUGAAAGGCUAACUCUUGGAAGUUUUCCUCCUACACUACAUGGGAUUAAAGUAUAUGAGACCAAUGAGAAGGAACUAGUUAUUGAACCUGUGGUUAGAUGGGCUGGCAAUCCCAACAUAGUACUGGUGCUAACAUUGUUCUCUAUGAGAAUCACUUUACAGUUGGUGGAUUUACAAGUAUUUGCUGCACCAAGGAUAAUUCUGAAGCCUCUAGUGCCUAGCUUUCCAUGCUUUGCAAGCAUAGUUUUGUCUUUGAUGAAUAAGCCACGUGUGGAUUUCGGAAUGAAAUUACUGGGAGGGGACAUCAUGGCCAUCCCUGGCCUAUAUCAUUAUGUCCAGGAAACUAUUGAAAAACAAAUUGCAAGUCUGUACCUAUGGCCCCAAAUCCUUGAAAUCCCUAUCCUUGACAAUACAGUAGGAGCAAUGAAGAAGCCUGCUGGUAUAUUACAUGUGAGAGUCAAACGGGCACUCAACCUCUUGAAGAUGGACUUACUGGGAACAUCUGAUCCAUAUGUUAAACUCAGAUUGAGUGGUGAGAGGCUUCCCGCAAAGAAAACCACAGUCAAGAUGAAGAACUUGAAUCCUGAGUGGAAUGAGGAGUUCAAGUUUAUUGUGAAGGACCCUGAAUCUCAAGUCCUUCAGUUGCAUGUCUAUGACUGGGAAAAGGUUGGGACACAUGACAAGUUGGGAAUGCAAGUAAUUCCUUUGGUAUCUCUGGUUCCACAUGAAACAAAAGAAUUUACACUUGACCUUCUUAAGAACACAAAUCCAAAUGAUCCUCAAAAUAAGAAGCAGCGAGGAAAAAUUAUGGUGGAGCUUACAUUGAAUCCUUUCAAAGAAGAAAAUGACAGAUAUAGUGGCCCUAUGAAUGGAUAUGGGAGGAAGGAAAGUAGGUCUAAGAUGGUAUGUGAAGAUGAGGCCUUGAGUGGGGCAGGGUUACUUUCAGUUGUCGUGCAAGGGGCUGAGGAUGUUGAGGGAAAGCAUCACAACAACCCUUAUGCUCUUAUCCUUCUCAGAGGAGAGCAGAAAAAAACUAAGAUGAUGAGGAAAACUCGGGACCCAUGUUGGAAUGAAGAAUUCCAGUUCAUGCUAGAACAGGCCCCUUUAAAUGAGAAGCUCCAUAUUAAAGUUAUUAGUAAGCGGACAGGCUUAGGUUUCAGAGGAAAGGAAUCAUUGGGACAUGUGGACAUCAAUCUUACAGACAUUGUGAACAAUGGACGUAUCAAUGAGAAAUACCAUCUGAUCAAUUCCAAGAAUGGAGUGAUACACGUAGAGAUACGGUGGAGUACGAUUUGAGGGGAAGAUAUAGCUCAUAGCUACCCUGUAGAUUCAUUAUGAGCAACUUGUCUACAAAAGAUAACCAAAUUUUCUAUCAUAACAAUCUAUAUCUGUAUCCAUACAGAUAAAACGAGUGAACAAAUCCCCCAUGAGGCAAGGGGGGAAGGAGGAGAUAAGUUUAAUGAAAAAAGGAAAUCAGGUUGAAAAUAUAUACAUUAAUUUAAUUCAAUGCUUUAUAAGAACCAUUGGGGCUAGUGCCAAGUGGACAUCAGUCUUUAUUGGUGACAGUGACAAUGGACACAUCCGUGACAAAUA